AAACCAAGUGCUCUGUUUAGUAUUCAUUCUCCCACUUUUGAGUGUGUGUUUUCCGCACUUUUCAAAUUCAUAUUUAUGCGAGUUUGAGAGAGUGCACAAGCACACAAAUCAAGCUGGCUAUCUGGAACUGCGGACAAUAUCUUCCUUUCCGUGUUUACGGCGCUAUGGCGUGAGACACUGAGACAUGGGCAAUUAUGUAAAUAUGCGGCGGCGCCUGCUCGCGACGAAGGACUAAGGACGAAGGACACAAUGGGACAACCGCAAAUUAUUGCUGGCCAUUUGGCGAAUGAAUGCGUGACAAAACACAGAGCACACAGCGAGCACUCCUCGAAUGGAAACGGGGGGUAUUCACAGGAGACACAGGAGACACAGGAGACACUGGAGAAGCAGGAGACACUCGCGCACAAGGACAAUGGCGGGCGCAGCGGGAGUGGCAGCGAGGUCAAAGGUCAGCCGCGCUAAUGUUGUGCUAAUUGCUAAUUGCGAUUGGAACGCGGUGGUGAAGAGAAAACGGCACAAAGGAGCUGCUCAGGCGGCGCUAUGGCCUAAUUGAAGUGUCCUUGCUGCGAUGAUUUACUGCCCGGCGACUGGGAAGGAUGUAGCUGCCGUUUGUCAAAGUUUUAGCCUUUCAUUGCCAUCGAAAGCGACGGCCAACAGCAUCCGAGUGGACCACCCAGAGAGUCAAACAAACUGCUGUUUUUUCGCAUCCUGGCAGGAGGUCCUUGGCCCCCAGAAACCCAUCUCCUCCGCUGGCUUGCUCUUCUUUUGUUUGGUAACUCGAUCGGGCGCACGCGUGGCCAACCGAAGUCGCAAGAGCUCAGGAGCAGGAUCAGAAGAGGGCCAAGUGGAUCACUCUCUGAUCUUUUUCGGCAGUCGCCAGCAGUUUGAUGAUGAUUUGUGUCUGAUGAAAGGGAGGGUUUCGGGGCAGACGACCCAAAGGCAGACGCAGCCAGGUGAGGCCAGGUGUCAAACGUGUAACUGGAGACAGUGGCCACCGCCUGCGGAUCAGGAUCAGGAUCAGGUCAUCUUUAGUUUUGACAUAUGCAAAGUGGACCACCAAAUCGACUCCAUCGACCGUCUGCUGUUUUUGGGUCAGUUUUUGGUAAUACUCUCUUUGGCUUGGUGGGGUAUAACGAUUUAAUGAAGGCAUGUGGCCAACUCGAUUAUUUGGGAAACUGUCUGCAGA